CAUCCGACGCGCUUUGCUGGUUUCUCCUUUCAAGACCUAACAAAACGAUCCACCGAGCGAGUCGGUCGCGCUCGUCGUCUACAGGUACACACUUCUGGGUGAGCGGCUAGAAGGACCAGACGGCGAACCGGGCUGGCUGCCAGUGGCACAUACUGCUGACCGGGAGUGCUGGCGAUAACGUCGCCUCGGGUAGCGUCUCGUUGAUAAGACAUAUCGAUAAUGGCUAUAAUUAUAAUAUGUGCAUUUACGCUUAUUUGUUUGUGAGACAAAACGCAGCUGCAGUAAUGUCAUCCGCUUCUAGUUGUCAGAUGGUUUCCUAGCGAAGCGUUUUAAUUCCCGUUCUGUUGUCCGGAGGUGGAAAUGCUCCCACCCUUCUGUAAGGGAAAGUUCAUCUCGUCUGUACAUAAAGCUACAGUAGGUACACUUGGCCCUCUGCCUGGCUUGGAGGAGCAACCACCAUUUGACGCAUUAGAGUUGGGGAAAUGACAAUCAACGGGCUACUGAAAGGUUUGCAAAUGGAUCGAUGGAUGUCACAGUUGCCAGAUGAAUUAAUGGAUGUGCCUCUGUACAACCUUGCAAUCCCAGGAAGUCACAACAGUAUUACCUACUGUCUGGAUACAAGCCAUGCCUCACCAGUAGAUCUUACCCAGCCAGUCAUUGUGAAGCAGUUGGAUAAAUAUGCAAAGCCUGUUUUUCGCCCGUUUCUUUAUAAGUGGUCUGUUACACAGGAAUCUACUGUUUUACAACAACUUGAUGCAGGAGUACGGUACUUUGAUUUGAGAAUUGCUCACAAGUUCAGUGACAACUCCUGUAACUUGUACUUUUACCAUGGUGUCCAUACUACUGUUACAGUGGAGAUGGUACUGAAUGAGAUUAGUACCUGGUUAGAAGAGCACAAGAGGGAAGUAGUAAUUUUGUCUUUUAGCCACUUUCUUUGUUUUAAUCAGCAGCUCCAUAAACAUUUAAUCCAGCUGGUCCAGACAGUAUUUCACAAAAGGCUAUGUCCAAGAAAUGGGGAAGUAACUUUAAGGAACAUGAGUGAACGUGGUCAUCAGCUGAUUGUAGCAUAUGAACACAGAGACAUGAUAGACUUAUGUGAUUAUCUGUGGGAUCACAUACCAUACUGGUGGGGAAACAAAUGUGAAGCAGAAGCUUUAAUACAAGAGCUAGAGAGAAGGAAACAAUGCGGUCGUCCAGGAAGAUUUUUUGUUGCAGGUAUCAAUCUGACUGUGGAUGCAAAGCACCUUCUUUUAAAUCCAAGACAGUCUUUGAAGGACAUGGUCAUGCAGACAUACCCAGUGUUGCUGAAAUGGCUUGUGAAGCAGUUACCCGGUUCUGGCCACAGUAGCAUAAAUAUUAUUGCCGGGGACUUUGUGACUGACACUCAGCUUGCUCCGACCGUUAUUACACUUAAUGAAGCACUACUCAAUAGGAUGUCUUCUCAGUAAGUAAUAUGGGAAGACCCUUAUGGCAAAGGAGUUUACAGACUGAAAAGAUUGUUAUAAUUAGGUGCUGAUGUGAAGCCUUAACUUUAAAAUGAUGGCAAGUAUUAAUUAGAUGAUGUUCAUUAAACAGAUUAGGACCAUGUGCACAAAUCAAAUUAAAGACUAAUUAUUUGUGACAAGCAAUACAACAAACCAAACUGCACAUCUAGACCUCAAGAGGAGGAGGUAGCAAUAAUUGCUGCGGUUUUUUGGACUUCAACUGUAAUUGUACAGUUUGGAUAGUCAUGGACUUCACCUUAUGUUGUAUGAAUGGGGGAUGGGAGUGAAACUGUGAUUUUGUCUGUUACAAAGGAUCAUGGAAUUUAGGUUUAUUUUUUUCCAGGAAUGCUGUUAACUCGUUAAAUGGAAUCUUUGUUUUCCUCUCCUAUGCCAUUUGCUGGUACAUCUGUCAGCAUGACUUUGUUUACAUGUUAACCAAAUAUACUGACCUAUGACUUACUGUUUAUAUACCCCAAUAUGAGUGUUUAUGGAUGAACUAUUGUAUGACUUAUUAUAUUUGUAAAUCUGUGUAAGCACUCUAUAAUGAAUGAAUGCCGCUAUAGAAGAAAAACUGAACUGAUGUAUCAAAAUGAAAAAAUGUACAUUAAUCAAAUGAAUGCCUUGCAACUACUGCAUAUAGCACUGUAGUAUAGCUUUUACUUCGCUUCACCAUUAAAGUAAGGAGCCUCACCACUUUAAAAAAAAAACACCUUACAGAGUAAUUUGAAAAAAUUAAACAUUUUCGUUAUCUCAAAUUUUAAAAGAUGACAGCAUAAUACUAAAAACUCUGAUAAUAUGAAGCAUGAUAUUCAAACAAUAAGCAGGGAAUAUGGGUAUGCCGCCGGUUUUUGAUUAAAUGUGUCAUACGUCUGCUUUGGGACUACCCUACUUUUCUUGGGAUCUUCUUUAAACAACAAUAGCAUGUUCUUAAUUCUAAUUUACUCUGGUAAAUUAAUAACAUUAAUUAAUAAAUAUUUUGAAGAAAAAGAAAUGCAAGUAGUUUAAAGAUAUGCAUCAGCAAAAAUAUAAGAAACCAUGCAUUUAAAUUUAUUUUUUCUGCUUCAUUAGUUUCCUGUCAUUGUAACCUGCAACUUGAUAUUAAAUCCAUUUAUGAUUUUAAUAAUG